AAAAUACGUAAGCAAACAAACGCUCCCCUCCUUUUGGUCAAACGUCAAAGAGAGCGAUAAGCUGUGUUGUUAUGUGGCGGUGGUUCGGAGUAUCGUGUAUGCGUAACAUGUUUUGUAUAGUGUCAACAAUGGUCGAAAAGCAUAUGAAGUGUAUAUAUUACGGACUUUGUAGUGAAUUAGUGCAAUAAUUUUCGAAGUUCAAUGAUUUGAUCCGGCAGUGUCAAAUUUAUUUUGCAUCAUGGCGACGAGAUGGAGUAGCGAAUUUAUUGUUGCCGAACAUAGAGAUUUACAGGCCAGUGCCAUGGCAAUUGACUGGACAGGAGUAUAUGUUUUGUUAGCUGGUCGCAGAUUUUUGGCUAUUAAGAACUUGAAUGAUUCAUCUGACACGUUACACAAAGUGCCACGGCAAAGCAAAUAUGAAGUGGGGGCUGCAGAAUGGAAUCCUAGUUCAGCUAAUAAGGAGCUGUGUGCUAUCUCGAGUGGACAGAGAGUUGAGAUCCUUUCUUGGCGUGCUGGCACUGACUUAGUUCAGACACAUUCACUACGUUCUCAUACUCGUGUGGUUAGUGAUCUGAACUGGCAUCGCUUUGAUCCUAACUUGGUAGCUAGUUGCUCAAUUGAUACUUUUAUCUACGUAUGGGAUGUGAGAGACCAACGGCGUCCUGUAUUAUCUCUGUCUGCAGUUGCCGGUGCCACUCAAGUAAGAUGGAAUCGAUUGUCUCGGUACCUGCUUGCUUCAGCCCACGAUGGUGAAAUCCGCUUGUGGGAUCAGAGGAAAGGAACUGCUCCCGUCCAGUACAUUGCUGCUCACUUGUCAAAGAUUUACAGUUUAGAUUGGAGUCCUCACAACGAAAACCAACUUGCUACUUCCAGCCAAGAUUGCACUGUCAAAUUCUUUGAUAUAACAAAUCCUCGGAGGGCAGAAAGCAUUCUCACCACUACUUCUCCUGUCUGGAGAGCUCGUUAUACACCUUUUGGAGAAGGAUUAAUAACGGUUGUAGUUCCACAACUUCGACGAGGAGAAAACAGUCUUCUGCUGUGGAACCUAUCAAAUCAGACUGCUCCUGUGCACACAUUUGUAGGACAUACAGAUGUUGUAUUGGAAUUUGAGUGGCGUAAAUUAUCAGAAGACUCUUCAGAGUAUCAGCUUAUUACUUGGUCAAAGGAUCAGAGCCUAAGAAUAUGGAAAAUUGAACCAUUUCUCCAGAAGUUGUGUGGUCACGAACCUGAAGGAAAACAUCCUCCAGACAUCCAGGAAGCAGAAGAAGCCACUUCCAGCACCAGGACUCCUCUGGUGGUGGAGCCUGCAAUGAGCCAUCCUCUGCAAGUACUGCCCCAUGAGAGCUCUCCUUCCCUCACGCCCACGCCUAGCCCCGCCCUCAAUGGCUUGCCCCCGCAGGCAGAAGAGGCCAUCUUGGCUGAGCCCGAGCGGACUUUGGAGAUUAAGGAACCGGAGGUGAAUCCUUCUCCCACCCAACCAAAAACCCUGCAGCAGGAGUUCUCUCUCAUCAACACAAACAUUCCCAACAUUCAGCUGGAAGCGGUGGAUUUGGUGAGAAGAAGCUGCACCGUAACUGCUACCAGAAAUAGUCAUAUUGUUAUUUUGUUGGUGAGCUUUCCUCCCAACUAUCCCUAUAAUUCACCACCUUCCUUCCAAUUUGGUUCAGGUACCUCAGUUGACAGCAAUGCCAUAGCCAAAUUGCUAAAGGCACUGAAACAAACAGCGCAACAGCGAGUGCGAAAGAAUAAGUCCUGUUUGGAGCCAUGUCUAAGACAGCUUGUGUCCACAUUGGAUCAGUCCAAUAACAUAUAUGGCAGCUUCCAAGACGCUUACAUUCCUUUUCCACGAACAUCAGGUGCAAAAUUCUGUAGCGUAGGACUGUUUGUCUGCUUUGGAAGACCAUCUCUGGCACGACGGACAUCAACAAGAUUGGAUAGCCCCACCCCGCGAGCAUUGUCGGCUCUGGGUGGUAAUUUAUCUAGUUUCACUUUAAGUGGAUCGCCAACAGGAAACUCGCAGUAUUCCCUUAUGUAUUCAUCAGUGGGUCAGGGUUCUUCUGCUGAUGCACCCAUGUCUAUUACAUCAUUUUAUUUCCAAGAUCGAAAACCAUCGAGAUCUAGAUCUCGGCCUGUCCAUGGUUCUUCGAGAACCGGACAGGCAUCAUCUUCAAAUACUCCAACAAAAAGAAACUCUAAAGCUGUUGUUACUGUGUAUGAUGUUUCAUCAUUAUUUUUUGUUCAUCGUGAUUUAGGAGAAAAAUAUGUGUUUGAUUGUCGUGAUGUGCCAAGUAUGUGUCAUCGAAAUGCAGCAAUUGCUGCAACUGUAGGCCGACGUGACUUGGUCCAAGCUUGGACUUUAGCAGCUCUGGUAGCCACUCCAGGAUCUCAGUUACUCCCGUCAGAGCAAGAUGAGGACACACCAUGGCCUAGUCACCCGUUUGGAAAAAACCUUGUGGAGGCACUAAUUGCUCAUUAUGCCAAGCAGUCAGAUAUUCAGAUGGCAGCUAUGCUAUGUUGCACAUUUGGAUGUCGAACUGAAAAUCAGGAGUCAUUCAAGAACAAGAAUUUAAGCAAAUCUGUUAAUGUUAGUCGACUUGCAACUGGGAAGUGGUGGCUCAAGCCUGGUGGAUCUCCAUAUCAUACAAUUCAUCAAGUGGAUACUAGCCUGGAGGGCUGGAACUACCCAAUGCUCAAACAGAAUCGGUCCAAUUCUUGGUCUGACUCAUUGGACGAUUUCAAAUUUAAUUCAAUAGUUGAGCAUAGGGAAUUCAGUGACAGUUCUGACAGAGAGAAGCCUGUGAAAAAUUCAGGUCCUUGCAAAAUGUUAGAUGAGAAGAACACCUUUCUGUAUGAUUCCUAUAAGAAAGCUUAUGCAGAAAUUCUGUACCGAUGGAAUUUGUUAGAUGCACGUGCUCAGAAAUAUUUUGGUGAAGGUGAAGGUUCCUCAAACUUCUGCCUUGUGUGUGGGCACGGAGGUCAUACAAAUCAUAUGAUGGCCUGGUUUGAAAUAGAGACAGUAUGCCCUACUGGUUGUGGGUGCAAUUGUCUGGAAGAGACAGCUGGAGUGCUAUUCCCCUGAAUGAUUUCUAGAUUUAGUUAAUUAAUAUUACAAAGAAGAUAAGUUCUACAAUUGAAGAGACAGAUGUUCUUAAAAGUUGCAGGAUAUGUCAUUUUUCUUUGAAAAUAAUUCAUAUUUUUAUGGUGAUAUUUUAUGAUACUUACAGAAGCAUAGAAUGAGAUAAUUUGCUUAUGGAAUGAGAUCUCAAGUCAGGAAAAAGGAGAUAAAGCAUUAUGUAUUAAUUGUUACUUUUGUAACAUAAACCGAUAAAAUUAAAUAGCUUGAAGUUAACACUGAGCGAGGAAUAUUGACAGCACGUUGCUUCUUAUGGAUUCACAUUGCAAAUUAUUUUUCCAUGCAUACUGUGAUAUACUGAAAUGAACAUUUUUCUUCACAGAAGACAUAGAGCAUGUGCUGCAAAUUAUUGUUCCUUAAAUUCUCCCAAAGUUUCAGCAUAUUGGAAAAAAAUGUGCUUCUAAUUCUUGUGCUCGUUAUUAUGAGCAGGAUAAUCUUAUCUAGUUCCUAUUUUUUGUGUCAAUAUGUUGAUAAGAAUGUUCUGUAUAUUUGCAGAUCUUAUUGUACAAACAUUUAUCAAGAGAUUUAUUUAUUCCCCCUCCAUGUAACCUCAUAUGAAAAAGGAUAAAACACUUUUUUUAUACUGACAGUUACUAUCAAAUUUAUUAAAAUGUUGGUGAAAGAAGAAUUAUUUUACUUUCUCCUUUUCAUGAAAUAUUUGUAUAACCUACAAGUCACCCUUAAAGAGUAACUGGAGCAUUAUUUUUUCAUAUUCAUUGAGGGUCUGCUAAAAGAUAAACAAAUGAAGUAUAUAGUAAAUUCUUUUUGUUUUCAUAUGUUCAUUUUUUCUUACAAUGCCUAACAGGAAGGAAUUUUUUCCAGUUUUAUGUUAAAAAAAAUCCCUGGAACUUUUUGUUAGAUUGCAGGAGCAAGCGGUAAAUCUGUCUGUGCAAACAGUAAGAUACUUGUGUGAAUACAGAAAUGAUUUGAGUAUUGUCUAAAUUGAACCUUUUGUCUUUAUCAUUUACUUCUUGAAAUAAUCCUCCAUUUUAAUUCAAAUAGAAAUUUAAUUAUGUCUUAUUGAAUUUUAAGAUAUAUAUUUUGAUUUAUGAUAAACAUAUUUGUAUAAAAUUAUUAUAUUAUUAAUAUGCUAGCCCUUGUUCCUUAGUAUUGUAUAGUAUAGUGAAGUUAAUUUUGUUAUCUAAACUUUCUACAUUUCUUUUAAAGAUGUAGAACUAAUGUAACACUUUUUUUAUUGUAAAUGUUACGUAUUUGUUGUAAAACAACCUAUGUUAACAUAUGAGUGGUUUUUUGUAGACCAGUUGUUCAGUAUUGUUUCUUGUGUUAAUGUAGAAAGAUAGAAAACUAUUCUAGUUAAAUUAUUGAGCAAUAUAAGACUGAUUUGCUUUGGUAUUCAAGUUCUUUAGAUAAUUGGGCCCCAUUCUGAACAAGAUAAACAUCAGCAACAUUUUGUGCCAUUUAAAAUUAAUUUUGUGCUCAACAUACUCUAGUGUUUAAUGUAAUGAGCUUUUUUGUUGAUAAUAUUUCAUUGAUUUGUGAUUAUAUGCAGUGAUUUCCAAUACCAUUUAUUAUUUGGCACACUACCUGAAAGGCCCAGUCAAAUGAUCCACUGAAUUUAUGUAUUUCAUAAAGGCAGCAAUCUACACAUGUCUAUUUUUCUUGCCUUAGCCCUGCUUCAAAUGGACUGAAGAAAUUUUAUAACGAAACUCUCUAAUUGAAGAGUGAAAUUUUGUAGUUUUAUUGAAUUUGAUGAAGCAUCACUUCCUCAUUCUUGUUCUCAUUCGUGUCUGUUUCUAAUCAGUAGGGACCAAAUUUCGAAGAAAAAUGCAUAUUUUUCCCCCUUAGGAAGUAAUUAUGCUUACUUAGAAUAUGCUUAGAACAUCCAAAAUCUGAUUGUCUGUACAUGAUUUUGUGAUGCAUAUUUGGUCUAUCUUCUCAAAAAGUAUUACAUUUCUGCAAAUUGCUAAUUAUUCUGCACAUUUUGCUUUAAAAUAUUUAUCAUUACUCUAUUUAUUUUAUUAAAUUUAAUUUUUAAUUUUGUAAUAUGUGGUUUUGAAAACAAUAUGUGGUUCUAUACAGUUAAUAAUAAAUUUUUCAUAUCCAAAUUGUGCAGGAUAUUUAAAAGGAAAAUCAUCUUUUCAUGUAUUAAAAGUUGUCAAAUGCAUCGUCAAACUCAGUAAGGUUGGUGAAUUAUCAUAAGUGAUUUGAACUCACACAAGUCACAGAGAAGGCUUACCCUACAAAUGUGAGUAAAACAGGACAUGCAAAAGAGAGGAACUUUUCUUUUCAUGGAAUGAAGUUAGCUGCUAAGGGUUUCUUGUAACUGUGGUUAAAAGUGAUUCUAAUGCAAAUUGUUCAAUGUAUUUAUUGGCAGAAUCCCAACUAAUAAUACUAGCUGAUACUACUAAUACUUGUCUUUGAAAUAUCAUUGAGUGUUAUAGUGAGAAUAUACUGGGCAUAAAAACUAAGGAAGGCAGUGUUACGAUGGUUUAAUACAGAUACUUUGUAGGGGAUAUUUUUGAAGAUUUUACUCCAUAAACGCAUACAUAUUUCAUAGAUUUUUAGUGCAUAUAAAUCUGGUCCCUACUUAUCAAUUAUGAAUAUCACUUUUUAAAAAUAUGCUUUCUAUGCUGUUUUAGUUGUGGACAGCAUUGCAUCAAAUUAUUGCUAAGUUCAAUGUCUUUUGCUUUUCAAAAAAGAGAUGCUUCAUUAAUGUUAAUGUAUUAUCACAUCCAUGUAGCAGGCUAUGAUACUGGAACUGGAAAAGUUUCAUUAUUGAACUGUGAUGCUCUAAGUUAAAACGUAUUCCAUAAUUGUAAAUAUUUUAUAGGAUCUUGAAAAAAAUGUAAAGUGUUGAUAAAUUAAGUAUUUACUGGCAAAUUGGUUGAUUAUUUUUUACCUUUUCCCGAUACAACUUUUUAUCUUGCAAGCAAUGACAAUGAUGGCCAGAUCAGGUCACAUUGCAGUUGGCUAAUAUUCAUUGGUUGUUUCAUUAGUUCCAAGUGUAUAAUAAUACAAUCUUUAGUAUAAGAGCAUUUAUUCCAAAUAGUGUAUAAAGGUUUAAUUCACUGUACAGGAAAUUGAUUUCAUAAAGAUGUUUUGUUUUCAGCAUCUCCAGCAGUAACUCAGGCUCACCAAAUAAUUGCCAACAUGUAUAUAGAACACUAGAAUUUUUACAGCAACUGAUUUUGUUGCUUUUUCAUACACACAAAUAUCACAAUGUAGAAAUCACCACAUCAGAUUACUUUCAUUAAUAAAGAUUACCCUUUUUUAUAACACAAAUUUGAAAGACGAAGAAAAAAAGCAAAAAAGAAAAAGAAAAUACAACAACAUAUUUUGUAUAACAAUGUCAGAGGCAUUUCGUAAACACAUUAAAAUUAUGUGUACCAUAGAACAGGUUACUAAUAGUACUGUUUUUACAAAAAAUUGAAAAAGUAUUUACAUUUAUUGUAGUACAUAACUUAUAAAAUAUUGAAAUAUACAUGCAAUGUAAUAUCAAAUUACAUAAAUGUGGAACACUGGGGACACCAUACAUCACUGAAAUAUUUCUAAAGUUAGUACAAUAACACUUCUCAUAUCACAAGAGUUAAAAAAUAUUUUGUAUGAUUGUGCUCUGAAAUCUCAGCUGUUUACUGCUUUUUUUAACGUUCCAAAGGAAAAUGUACUUUUAUUGUAAUCUGAUCAUGUUGUUAUGUUUAAAAUAUGUUUUCCAUUCCAUAUCAUUAUACUUUCGGUUGUACCAGAAUAUGUGAUCUUCCUAUAUUUUAGCUUAUAACAUUUUUUGUUUGGUUUUGAUGAAAUAAUUCGAACAUAAUCCAUAAGAAGUGCAACACAUUAACAAUUCGUUAAUAAAAUACUUUUUAAUGGAUACAUUAAAGUUUUUUAGUGACAUGUGGUGUGAAAUAAUGCAGACAAUUUUAAUGAAGAAAGUAAUUUUUAGCAGCUUUCAAGAUAUGAAUGCUAUAUGCAGAAUAAGAUAGAAAAUAGUUAAUAUUUGUACAAAAUGCACUAUGAUUAAAAAAAUGAAGGAAAGCUUUUUUCAGAAAUGCCAGGAUAGAAUUUUUUCCUAGGUACAUUAAGAUAUACAUGAUGCAACCUUCGAAUUUGUAAGAUUUUUCUCAGAGAAGAAAAGAAAUCAUUGCAUUCUGGAGUUGAUAUUUACUGAACUGAGAGUAGCUUACAGCUACAUCAUGGGACUCAUCUCUAAGAAAUCUGAAAGAAAAAUUGAACAUUAUUUUUUGUAGCAUUAUUAAAUCCACUAUGAUUUGGCUUGUAUGUUCUGAGUUUUUCAUUUAAAUUACCCACCCUUCAAUGUUGUGGACUGACAUGUGACAGUGCAAGGAUACAGUAGUUUCUGAGCAGUACAGUUUUUUGUUCAUGUAAUACAAGCAGCACAUGUUGAAUUCAGUGAAUUACUGAACCUCUUUGUUAUUUCCAUAUUUUUGAAAGCCUUGAUCCUAUAUUAAAUUCUUAAAAUUGAGAAUAAACUUGUUUUCUACUGCAUUACUGCUGAAUUGUCAGAUAUUCAUUUGUUUUAGAAAUGCAGAAUAUCCUGCCUAUUCUAUAGUUCCCUAACCAUGCUUACAAUUGAAAAUAAACUAAGAGAUUUUAUUUUGUGUAAAUUCUUUUUAUUAUGAACGGAACGUUUCUACUUUUUAUAUUCUUGAAAUCUAUAGUUCGAUUUUAUUUGUAAAUUUGAGUGAAUUAUUUCUCUUUUAAUUAAAAUGUAAUUUCUUUAUUGAUCUUCAAAUUAGUCAUUAUUCUGCUUCAAAUAAUUUAGGUUCUAUAUUAAAUUUUGUUGCCGCAAUUUGUUUAAAUAUAAAUUAUUAUUUACUAAUGCACCCCAAAAAAAGUUUCAUGAUUUUUCACAUCCAACUUUUUAUUUUAGUCAUAAAAUGUGUUUGAAACUAACAAUAAUUGCUAAAAGCAUUUUAGCAAACCACCUAACACCUAACAAAGACAUCGGGCACUACUAGAUCCACUUGCUUCCACAAAUUUGCCACUAUUUCCUGUGUGUAUAAUUUAAUUCUAGACAAAUUCAUAGAUGUUUUUACAUUGAUAAGAGAAAGAAUGAAGUGCAUUGGUUCAAGCAUAAUGCACACAACAGAAUUGAGAAUUUGUGCUUAGACUGUGAAUAUUGUUUUUGUAAUUAUUUUUAGUAAAAGAACAUUUUACACCAUUGAAUGACAUGAGGUAUUCUCAUUGCAUUUCUUGAUGCUGUUUUUGUAUAUUAAGGCAGCAUGUAAUGAGAGAAGACUGCUUGUAAUAUUGUGGAUUAGAAAGGAAUUUGAUCCUAUUAAAUGCUCUAUUCUCUCAUUAACAUAAAUGUACUUUUUUCUUGAUGAAAAUUACCAUAAGGUUAUUCAACUAAAUACUAUUUGUACUUAAAUAAAUUUAUAUAACUCCAUUAGUUGAAUUAAUGAGCAAAUCACAACAAAGAAUGGCAAGCUGUAUAGACAGUAUCAAAUAUUUGUUGAAAUAAUAUUUGGAUAUCAGUUUGAGAAACAAAUGUGCAAAUUUGGGUGCUGUGCCCAGAGUUCAUGCUAAUUAUAAAUCCUUUUUAGGCAUUCUCAAGAUAAUUUUAUUUGGCAGAUUGUGAACAUAUGUUGCUCUGUGCAAUAAAAUAUAGUUGCAGGUCUUAAAAACAAAUUUUUAUUCUUAACGUGCUACUUCUGAACAUAGAACAAAGUAAGGUACUAUUUAUUUAUUUAUUUGAAAUUCAUUAGAACUGCAUCGUAAGAUUGACAUGAAUGUGAAUAAAUAAAACAGAUUAACUAAUUAAAGAGAAAAAUAAGAUUGGAUGUUAAAGGCACAGAAAAAGAAAGAGUUGUGUGUUUGAAAAAUAGGAAUGGGAUGACAUUUUUGCAAAACCACUAAACAGGGUGUUCAGUCAGCUUCAGAAUAACACUUGUGAAGACGGGUUAUUGUGUUAAAUUUUUUAGCAUUGUACAAAUAUCUGUUCCCAUGAUUUUUCUGUUGUAAUGAUUUUUUAACUGUAAAAUGUUUAAUCAUUACCUGAAGGAUUAUAAAAAUGUUGAUGAAAUAUGUUAAUUAAAAAAUAAUAUAGUAUAAUUUAUAUUAUUUUGUGAAGUGUCAUUCAACAAAUUGAAAUCUAUCCUUCCAUCAUUAUUUUUUGUGUUUAAUUUUCCUUACUUUGCAGGAUUACACUUUAUCCAAUUAUUGUAUUGAUGCACUUGUUGAAAUCUGAAUUCCUUUGUUUUACCAAAGUUUUUGAAGUCCAGUAAUUUGUUUUCAAAAUACAGUUAUUUUUUUCUAUUUUCCUCUUAGUGUUCCAAUUAGAUUGAUUGAAUUCCAGGUUUUUGACAUCUCACUGUUAAUUGAAACUUUUACAAUAUUAAGUACACCCUACCUAAAUUUCGCAAAACUUGAUACCAGUUUGCUCUUUUUUCUUUUCUUUUUUUUUAAAUAUUGAAGAGGUUAUUAUUUAGGUGUUAAAAUUUUGAAUAUGGUGAAGGAAAGACCUCCCAACAAUUAUUAAAAUUGUUUCUUUACAUUCACAUAAGUUACUGUGAUAUAUAUUUUAAGCAAGUGCAAUUGUGACCCUGACAAGUUGUUUUCAAAUUUUCUUAUUAUAUUGAUCUUACCAACAAUUUUAUCAAAUGCAUAUGGGGCAUUGACUACAUGAGUAGUAUUGAACAGUUUUUGUGUUAUAAGUAAAUCACAUUUUCUAAAUUAAGCCCCUUGUUCAAAUGUAUUCAAAUAUUUUAAGUUUUAAUCCGCUUAAAAAAAUAUAUAAAAAAAAAAUAAGGAAAAUUAAAUGAUGGACAGAGAAGAGAAACUUUUAUGGAAGAUAAUUUAAGGAAGUUUCACCCAUAACCAGGAAAAUAGUUUCAAAUAAUUAGAUAAAAUUGAAAUUAAAUUAAUUUAUAAAAUUAUGAUUCAAAUUUCAUUGGCUUCACUUGGAAUAUACCCACUUUCCUUUGCUUCCUGGUAACUAUGCUACUGCCCAAAUUGACUGCAAUGUGGUAUUAUUUUGUACCCCUUUCAUAGAUACGCUAAAAUUAUUUUCUGAAUAUUUUGAGGAAAAAGUUUAGAAAUAUUAUCUUAAAAAGAAGUUUUAUUUAGAACAUCUAAGUGAAGCAUAUUUCUACUGCUUAUUUGUUUUAAAAACUCCAUUUCUUUUACUUAUUAUAGGUUAAAAAUUCAGUUUUUAGCAUACAAUAAAUCAGUUUUUUUUUUUUAUUUGGGCCAAUGAGUUGAGUGUGGAGUAUAUAAUGAAAUGAUAACAAAUAUUGUGAUUAUUCAAGUUAUUUUUGAAUGAAGUUAAAGGAAAGACUUUCUUCAAUUUGUUGAAUAACUGGUGAAGUGAUGUUUUAAUUCUUGAAAGACCAAAGGAAAUGAUACAGUUUUUGAGUUUCUCCACUUGACUAGUCUACCUCUGAGAACUGCACAAAUACAUUACUGAGUGUGUUAUGCCUUCAGUUUUCCUAUUUUAUAUUUAACUUUUCAAAAUAAUUAUUAUUUCUGAAAGAAAAUUGGUGUAGUUUGAAGUGAAAAUGAGUUUAACUAUUGUUUUUUAAAUUGUGGAAUUUCGUGGGGUUAGAAACAAUUUUUUCUAUAAAAUUAAAUGUUCUCUGAAAGUAUUUAUGGAGUAUUGUUCAAAUCUGUAUGAUAUAAGGUAUUGUUAGUGAAUAGUAGUACUUAUAGUAGAGCAUUUGAGAAGAUGAUAACUCAUGAGUAGGGACCACAUUUCAAUGCAAAUGAAGAUCCUCCUUGUCUGUGUUCACGUGGUUUGUUUAUGAAACACCCAUUUAUCUAUUAUUUAAUAAUUUUAUAAAGCUUAUCUGACACUUUUUGCCUGUUUUCUGAAUAAGGAUCAUAUUUCUGCAUAUUGCUCAUUAUUCUACUAUUUUGCUACUAAACAUUAGUCAUUUAUCAUGUUUAUUUUCUAAAUUUAUUUUUAUAAAUUUAAUUUUUUAAUUUAUGAUUCUACAAAUGUGGUUCAUCUCAACUUUUAUCAUUUUCUUGAAUCUGAAUUAAUUAUGAUAUUGAAUAGGAAAAUCGUGAUCAUUUUGUGUGUUACCUGCUGUUGAGUUGAUCUUCAAAAUUAGUAAAGUAGAUGAACUAACACACAUGACUUGAAACUCCAACAUCACAGUGGGGUAUUCCCCUACAAAUGUGAAUAAAACAGGAUGUGAAAAGAAGAGAAUUCAUGGUAUGAAGGUGACUGCAAAGGGGUUCACAAAAUUGUGUUCAAAUGUGCUUCUGUUGUUAAUUAUAACAUUAUUAAGCAGUAUUUUUGAAACGAAUACUGCUCUUUGAAAUUUCAUUGAGCAAUACAGUAAGGCCAAAGUGCCAGGUGAAGUACUGUGCAUUAAAUUAGUGAGAAACAGUAUUAAUGUAAUCAGGUUAAUAUAUUUUAUUUGGGCAUAUUUUAGUAUAUUUUCAAAGAUUUUAUUGCAUACAUGCAUAAAUAUUUCAUUCAUUAUUAGUUUAUUAUUAAAUCCAGUCCCUACUCAUGAGUCAUUGAGGAAAAUGGACUGCAUUUAUAAGUGAGCCCUAUGGUGAAGAUGAUGAUGCCUAUUUUUUUAUUAGUAUUUUGAAGUUAAUGACUGCAAUGAAAUGAAAAUUGAAGAAUUUAAUAAGCCCAACAAACAAUGGUGAACACAAGUGACAUUCUGUAUGAAACUAAAUUCAUUUUGUAAUACAACAAAAUGGAAAGUGAGUUUCUCCAUUUACCAUAUUUGUAUAUAGAAAUUAUUAAUAUUUAUUAGAAGAAUGUUUUACAAAUGGGUAUACUUGAAAAUACACAAAAUUAAGUUUGUUUUGAUUUUCUAGAAUAUGUCACUUAAAAACGUAAACCAGCAUUUUGGUCACAUUUUAUUCCUCUUUAAAAAAAUAUUUUUGUACAAAUUAAAUCUGUGACUUUUGGUAUUCCAAUAUUAAUAUCAAACAAUUAUGAUUUGUUUUGAAAAAAAAAAAUAUUGAGCACAACUUGUAUUUGGCAGUUGAAUGUGGUUGCUCAGUUCAGUAUUAUUUUACUUACUGUAGGUAUCUAUAUCUAUUCUAUUGUGCUCUUAAUUCAUUUGGUGUUAUUUAAUAUUUUUUUCAUUGCUGACAUAUUUUUUCAGUGAUGUAAAAUCCAGCCUCUAAAAUAUUAAAUAAUUAGUGAAAUUUAAAACAACACUUUCUUGUUUUAUAUUAGUAGUCUUUUUAAUCAGAAGCAUUACAUUGCAUUAAAUUUGUUUUGAGACCAGCGACUAAUUAUCAAGUGAGCAGUAAAACAUUUAGGAACAAAUAGUUCCUAAAUCAAAUACUCUACAGCUUCUUAUCAUCCAUCACAAAUAGUGACUGUGGUCAAACGCUUUUGUGAAAUGCAUUUGCAGCAAGAAAAAUGUGCAGUUCAUAAGCAGUUAUUUCAUAAUACUUUAUAAUAAAAUAGUUUAAGCCUAAUAUAUAAAAAGGGUCAAGCAUAGCAGCUGCUGUUGCAUAAACGUGGUAGAGCAGAAGGAAUUGUAUCACCUCUCAUGCAGUUCCCGUGAUCUUGUGCGCUGACGUACAAGGCUUACAACCUUGUUGUUCUGUUGUAACAACUCUCUAGCAGUCUUCUCUUGAGUUCAGGAGGAUAAGUUACAUAUAUAUAAUGUUCAUUUUGUCCCAUGUCAUUCAUAUCUGGCAUUGUAUAAUAUUCUUCAGAAUAACACGGUCUCACUGUUGUGGAAUUUGCUUGAUGUACUGGGGAUGAUGUAGCAGUUGCAGUAGCACUUGUAGAUGCUACACUUAAGUCAUCAGAGUCAAAUAACACCCAAAUGAUGUAGUAACACAGGCAGAUACCAAGAGAGAGUACCAUGACUAACACAAAGACCAGUCCCCAGGGGAAGUGACGAGUGUCCCCUGGAGUAUCCUCCCAAUAGCGGUCACACGUCAGGUACCAGCAAACGGCUCUAUUGAGCUCUUCUUCUACUUCUUUAAAAUCCUGAAUGGAUAGAUUUACCAGCAGACCAGCAAUGCAAUCCCGAACUAUGAUCUCGCAUCGCAGCUUGAGCUUGUGCAGCUCCUCGGGCCGACAGUUGGCCUUGAGACGCUGGAGCUCGCUGAUGCGUUGCUGCUUGUGGUCUGCGGGCGGCAGCGCCGAGUCCACCAGGUUGCUGUUGUCGCACACGUCCGCCGUGGCGUUGCUGUCGCCGUCGCCGUCGGGGGGCUGAGGGCCCACCUCCCCUGGGGGCCCCGACGCGGGCACUGCUACCGCGUCCCCUUCGCCUGGCGCGC